AUGGGGCUCACCAAGACCGAGAAUGCGCCAGGGCUGUCCUUUGAGAUAGAUCAUCCUCAAAGCCAUUACUCACCAGGUGACAGUAUCAGUGGCCGAGUGAUCCUCCAUACCGCUGAAGACAGUGCAAUUGGCAAGAUUGCUGUCAAUUUCUGGGGUCGAACCAAGUCAAGAAUCGUUCAACAACACGGACAAGCUGUCACCUAUCAUCGCGGGCGUGUACAGCUGUUCAAUCAGGAGAAGAUCGUCUACGAGUCGCAGUAUACUCAGAAGCCAGGCUCUUUCACCUUCCCAUUCGACUUUAUUGUGCCACAUCAGGCAGACCCUUCGACGAUCUUGGCCUCGGAAAAAUGGAAAACAAAGGAGCAUUUCCCCGGAACAAACGACGAGAACAACCUCGAUUUAACGCUUCCUGCAUCCAAUCAUCAUAGUAGAAUUAUGUUUGGUCGCCAAGCAGAGUGUUUUGUUGAAUAUGUUCUUACUGCGACCGUCACCGAGCCAGAAGGCGUCCAUCACAUCCGCAAAGCUCAAUCCAAAACCUCAACCUUGCCAAUUAUAUUUCAUCCUCUUUCAACACCAGAGCCAAUUCAGGACUGGCAUCAUGUCACAGAUAGCCGUCACAUCACAAUUUCAACGCUGAAACUCUUGCCGGAACAUGCCGGAACAUCCUUAGGUCUACGCGAUCGCGCACGGUCGCUUUUCCAGCGCGACUCAAUUCCCAAGUUCUCUUUCAAUAUUCAGGUUCAGGCGCCAUCUAUCAUCCAACUAUUACACCCAACCCCCGUUCCAUUCCUUGUCACCUUAACAACUGAUCCUUCUCCGCAAAACACAACUAUUGAUACAUCACAAGGUCUCCCACUAGUCGUCCUUCGCAGUGCAACUAUCGAGUUGAAAACUCACGUGCGGUGUCGUGCGCCAGGAACAUUCUCAGACCGGAAAUCCUAUGAAAUCCCGAUACUCUCCAACAAACCUAUCAAUCAAAGGCUGUCGUUUUCUGACAAGUCAAUCGAGAUGGCCUCCUCGGCAAGCGAUGCAAUUCUUGAUCUUGGACAACUAUGUGACUUGAGACUAGGGAAUGCUCAACUUGGCUCGAAGAUAGAGACACCACUCUGUCCAAGCUACAGUACUUUUAAUGUGGCCCGAGAAUACCAACUUAUCUGGGAGUUGGAAAUUGAAUGUGCCGAGAAGAUUGAAAAGUUUACUUCUCAGAAAAAUGGUCCGCUGUGCCAAGUCAUCAUGCCAGCGGCCACCACCCAGGUCACGAUUCCGAUCAACAGCGACGCAGAGAUGCUGGGUGCUGAACUGAUACAAGCACAAUCAUCAGGCUCGAGUGCCUUCUGGACGCGAACGCGAACUUCAGGAGAGUCAGGCCCUCCUGGGGUUGCAAGAGGCGAGAAAGAGAAAGCAGGCUUCACUCCAGCUAGCACAGCUCUAGCAUCGGACAAGAAGCGAGCGUUGAAAGGCAAGACCAAAGAGCAAGAAGCUGCUGAAGACCGUCAACGUGCUGAAGCAGAGACACAUGGAUUUCGCAAUCCUUAUGAGAAUCCAUUUGAGAGUGAUGUCGAUGCUGCUCUCGGUCUUGACAGCACCACAUCCCGACCAGAUUAUGACAAACCACCAGCGCCUACGGUCUCUGGUGUCGAGUCCAACGGCCCCAAUGAUGGUAACCAACUUCCGAAAUAUGUCCCAUGA